AGAGCCGCUCCCGCUCCGCAGCUCAGCCCGAGGAGGAGCUCCGCGGGCCGGCGGGAGUCAGUCACACCGCCCGGAGAGCCGAGCCUCCACCUGCGGGGAUUUAACAGCAACGUGGAAACUUUUUAAAAUCAGAUUUGAGAAAGUCUCGGAUCCUCUGCGGGUCUGCGCCACGGUCAGCCAUGAGUCUGUGGACUAACGGCUCCUCCGUGGAUCUGUUCCCCGGGACAAAGACCCCUCCGCCGGACUCCAACUCCUCCAACCGCACCGUCGGGCCCCCCGGAGCCGCCCCGCUGGACCUGAGCCGGGCGGUGCCGGUCGGCAUGGUGCUGGCAUCCUUCAUCAUGUUCGCCAUUGUCGGGAACAUCCUCGUCAUCCUGUCCGUGGUCUGCAACCGACACCUGCGGAUCCCCACCAACUACUUCAUCAUCAACCUGGCCAUCGCCGACCUGCUGCUGGGCACCACCGUGCUGCCCGUGUCCGCCACCCUGGAGGUUUUGGAUUAUUGGGUGUUUGGUCGGAUCUUCUGCGAUAUCUGGGCGGCGGUGGACGUCCUGUGCUGCACGGCGUCCAUCAUGUCCCUCUGCGUCAUCUCCAUCGACCGCUACAUCGGAGUUCGCUACCCACUGCAGUACCCGACUAUCGUCACAGAGCGGCGGGCGCUGCUCGCCAUGCUGGGUGUCUGGAUCCUCGCCAUCAUCAUCUCCAUUGGCCCGCUCCUUGGCUGGAAGCAGCCGCCAUCACAGGACGACACCGUGUGCCUCAUCACCGAGGAGCCGUUCUACGCCCUCUUCUCGUCCCUCGGCUCCUUCUACAUCCCGCUCGCCGUCAUCCUCGCCAUGUACUGCCGCGUCUACAUCGUUGCCAAGCGCACCACCAAGAACCUGGAGGCCGGCAUGAUGAAGGAGCGUGCGGAGGACUCCAGCGAGCUCACGCUGAGGAUCCACUGCAGGAACCAGCAGAUCCAGGAGCUGUGCCCCGCCUCCAAGGCCAGCGGGGGCGGGGCCUCGACCGGACGCAGCUCACUCGCCGUCAAACUGCUUAAGUUCUCCCGAGAGAAGAAAGCAGCCAAGACGCUGGGUGUGGUGGUGGGCAUGUUCAUCCUGUGCUGGCUGCCCUUCUUCCUCGCUCUGCCUAUCGGCUCAUUCAACAGCAACCUGCGUCCUCCUGAAACCUUCUUCAAAGUCAUCUUCUGGUUGGGAUACUUCAACAGCUGCUUGAACCCAAUCAUCUACCCGUGCUACAGCCGCGAGUUUAAACAGGCCUUCAUCCGAAUCCUGCGCUGCCGCUGGAAGAGGAAGCGUCAGGAUUGGCAGGCGUACUACAACUACCGUGGCCAUCAGGGCUCCAACAACUCGUCCUUCAUGAAUGGCAGCCAGCAGACGUUGUCCUCCGUCAGCCCAAGUCCGCUCUGCGUCACAUCCAGGCUCCGCCCACUGCCGUGGCCGUCUUCCUCCUCCUCAGACAGAGACCUCCUCCCUGGAUCGGUGGCGGAACGAGGACGGCUGAGUCCGCGGCCUACACUGGCUAAAAAAGCCGGGACGGGGCGGAGCAUGGGAGUGGGACGAGGGACGUCAAUGAACGGGGAUGCUUCUGUCUGAGCCGCACAGGAAUCUGGAACGCUAGCAGCAGCCUCAGAUGUCAACGCCCCUCCCUGCUGUUAACAGGAAGUGGCUUUAAAAACACUGAAUGCACAAAACGCUCUUUCCGCCCAGGUGUGACGACCGGACCUGAACAUGGGUGGAGCUCCUCACCUGCUACAAACACAAUGUUGCGACAUGCGGUGGGUUUCUGGCAGUUCACGGCUGUCCACGACACUUAAGACUUCAGCACGAAACCUUUAAUGUGAAAAUCCAAGCAUCCUGCUUCUUUUUUUCAUAUCAAAACAUUAAGAUAAUAAAUCCAAAUUUCUCCUAAAACAAAAACUUUGUUUUAAUGGAAAAAAUGAAAAAAGAAACAGCACAGAUGUUAAAAAAGUAAACAUUUUAU